AAAAAUUCAACUCCAAAAAGGGGAGAUAAUUCUAAUGUUACAGCAGAACAGUUGCGUGGCCAGCAUAACGAAUAUGGCUGACUGGAGGAACGGCCGUGUCAACAGCAACGGGCGAACAGAAGCAAUGCUGGAGGAGGAGAAUUCGGCCCAUGUCGAUGGAUUAUCCAGUAAAAUAUCGCGACUAAAAGGGUUGGCGUUAGACAUAGAAUCUGAUACGAAAGAUUCCAACAGAUAUCUUGAUGGAAUGGGCACAGACUUCGACAGUUCCCAGGGCCUGCUCACUGGCAGCAUGAACAGAAUCUCCCACAUGAUCAACUCUGGGAAAUCCAACCGGAAAAUGAUGUGCUACAUUAUCAUGGGCCUCAGUGCACUCUUCUUCCUCUCUUAUUACCUCGUCCUGAAAGUGAGGGCAUAGGCUACAAGCUGGGACAGGCAACGGUGGCAGUGAUCGACUGGGGUACUGCCUUAAGGGCAGAGCAAAAGACUUGGCCCCUUGGACCUGGGAGGUGUUCGAUGUGUGAGUGUGUGAGUGUAUUUAUGCAUAUGUGAAUGUCUGUAUAUAUUAAUGUAUAUGUGAAUACAUAUAUAUAUAUAUAUGUAUAUAUAUAUGUAUUUAUGUGUGUGAGUGUGUAUUGGUGUGUGUGUGUGUAUAUGUAAUGUAUUACGUAUGUAUAUAUAUGUCCGUGUGUGUGUGCGCGUGUUUGCAUACAUAUUCAUUCAAAGCUGAAAUAGUGACAAAGAGUCAUCAACUUCAAAUAAAUAAACUGUUAUAUUAAGCA